GCGUCACGGGAGGCUCGCAAAAGCUUCCUUCGUGGCUUGGCCAAGUGUAUCGAUAGAGAUAGCCCACUGAGCCCCGCGGAGAGACAAGAAUGGAUCAAAGUCAAAGAUACUGGACGUAAACUCUUCUAUCUGCCUUCUGGCGUUAGCUAUUCCGUGCUCUUCAAGCUACCAUUCCUAAGGGAAAUUCUCUUGUAUUGUGUUCAAGAUCUCCAGUAUCUUCCUCAACUAUGGCUCGUGUACAACCGAAAACUCACGCCUGGCUGGAGGCUCCAAGUCAACAGAGAGUCUCAAGCAAUGAUAAAGCUAUCUCAGUCCGCCGUUUUCAAUGGUCGGGGGAGGCAUAUGGCAUUGCCACCGGAUGGGCAUCUCAGUUUUACAUUUGGUACGCAAGAUCUCAUAAGUAAGAGAUUUUAA